CUUGCAGCCACAGUACCUUGAAUUGCCGCAGGCCCACAGUACUCACCUCCUGCCUUCUUCCUUGCUGACAGAACCCACACUUCAUCUGGGGCAGCAGUGCGCCCUACCUGAGGCAACGGAUCAGGAUUUGUUUCAGCCGAUCAUGACAGUCCUAUCCCAGCCUUCUCCGCCUCCCUUGUUCUAGGGGGUGGCUGAGUGACCCAGUUCUGCCAAAGAAACACAAAUGGAAGUCUGUUUGUGGAGGUGCUUCUGGGGAAGUAGUAGCAUUCCUCAUAGACGGGGUCUUCCUGCUGUGAACGCGAACCAUCUUGCCGCUACGAGGGAAGGCCAAGACAACUGCCGUGUGGGAGCCCUGACAUCUGUGGACUCCUGAGCCAAGUCUAGUGACAGCCAACGUCUGCAGUUCUUGUCAGGUGAGAACUUUCCAGACGUGGGAGCCCUGACGUCUUUGAGCACCUGAACCACAUCAGCUGUGGCCAGCCUCCAGACUCCAGGGAAUAGGAGAAAUUUUGACUUCUGUUGCCUGGCUUUCUGUUGUUGUGCAGUUUAACAGAACAGACCCAGUGGGCUUAUUUCAAGAGUUGGAGUCAUCUAUGGCCUCCAAACUGGCAUGGCACCCUUGGUUUUGGCAGGUAAAGAAAGACAAAGGGAUUGCCAAGAACUCUGAGCCAAGCUCUGUGGACAUAGCCAGGAGACUGUGUCAAACUGGUUGAGGGUCGAUCCCUUUUGCUACUAUCCUUGGGACAGAAUGACAUCCAAUCAUACCUCAGUUCCUUCAUACAUGCAGGGCAGUACAAGAAGAGUGGGCAUCAUGACUGAUGUCCACCGGCGAUUCCUCCAGUUGCUGAUGACUCAUGGAGUGUUGGAGGAAUGGGAUGUUAAGCGCUUGCAGAAGCACUGCUACAAGGUCCAUGACUGCAAUGCUACUGUAGAGAAGUUGGAGGACUUCAUCAACAACAUUAACAGUGUCUUGGAGUCCUUGUAUAUUGAGAUAAAGAAAGGAGUCACAGAAGAUGACGGGAGACCUAUUUAUGCACUGGUGAAUCUUGCAACGACUUCAGUUUCCAAAAUGGCCUCAGAUUUUGCAGAGAAUGAAUUGGAUCUGUUUAGAAAAGCUUUGGAACUGAUUAUUGACUCAGAAACUGGCUUCGCAUCUUCCACAAAUAUUUUGAACCUGGUCGAUCAACUUAAAGGCAAGAAGAUGAGGAAGAAGGAGGCUGAGCAAGUGCUGCAGAAGUUUGUGCAGCACAAAUGGCUGGUCGAGAAGGAAGGGGAGUUCACCCUGCACUGCCGGGCCAUCCUGGAGAUGGAGCAGUACAUCCGGGAGACGUACCCCGACGCCGUGAAGGUCUGCAACAUCUGCCACAGCCUCCUCAUCCAGGGUCAAAGCUGCGAGACCUGUGGGAUCAAGAUGCACUUACCUUGCGUUGCCAAGUAUUUCCAGUCGAAUUCUGAGCCACGCUGCCCCCACUGUAAUGACUACUGGCCCCAUGAGAUACCAGAAGUCUUCGACCCCGAGAAGGAGAGGGAAGCUGGCAUCUCCAAAUCAAACAAGAAGCCCCUGCGGUCCCGGCAGCACUAGCUGGCCCGCGCUGCGCAGGGCCGCUGCCUUCGGGGACGACUGCUGCAGCCCUGUUGGGAAGAGUGGCGUCUGUGCUCCGUGGGUCACGUGAGCACCCCUGGAUGCUUUGUGGCCACUUACUGACAGGUUUAGAAUAAAGCUUGCUAAGGAGUGGCUGAGCCUCA